AUGGCUUUCAAUGCUAGCAGCAAUCAGCCGCGCCCAAGACGCAUCCUGGUCGACGACGUGGAUCGCUCUAUUUUGUACAACGGGCCUUGGUUUACAGACCACGACAGUCAUAACGAGCUUGGAAACUUUGGUCCUCCGCUGGAACGGACGCUUCACGGUGUACCCCCGGAAGCAAGUGCGAGUUUUGUAUUCGAAUAUGAAGGAGCAGGAUUCGAUGUCUGGGGGACAGUCAGGAAUAAUUUCGAUGCAACAUGGGAAUGUAUCGUCGACGGAGAAAACAUCGGGCGGUCUGGGUUUCGAGUAUCAGAACAGUCGGCAAAUCGUCACAAGCUUUGCGAAUGGCAGUCAAAUUCUUUUGGACAUCACACACUCAUGGUCAACGCGACGUCAGGACGCGACACAUUCCUAUUCGACUUCAUACGAUAUGUUCCAUCGCCAUCUCGUCCACCACCGAGGGCUACAACUCUCACUGAGAUACCCAACGAGGACCCUGUGAUCAGCUACGAUGGUCAUUGGAUGGUAAUCCCCGGGUUUGCACAUUUGACUCGAGUCGCGCAGUCGUCAGCAACAAUCAGCUUCGAUGGCACGUCCUUGGAGUGGUAUGGGUACACUCCAGACGAGUUUCCCAUCGCACCGUCAGUGGCAGAGUUCUCGGUUGACGGAGCACCGCCCAUUACAUUCAUUCUUCCUGGCCUCGAACGUGGAAGAGACCCGGCGCAAUACAACCAACUUCUCUUCGCAACCGGUCCAUUGCGCCAAGGUCCUCACACUGUAGUGGUCACCCACCAUGGAAGUCAGGCCCCCUUGACUCUCAACUAUCUCAUCAUCAAAGAAGAGUUUGUCCCUCCUUCAUUCACAACCUCUUCACCCGCCACGGAAUCCGCAGUCCCACAAGAAAAUCUCUCCAAUCCGCCAAGUCCGGGGACGAUAGCUGGCGCCGUCAUUGGAAGCAUAUGCGCCGUUAGCCUCAUCGUUCUUGCGGCGUUUUUCUACCUGCGACGCAGACAUAAAUCAGAGCUACCAAUGAUCCAACCCCUACCAGGUUUUGUGAAGCCCGAGGCAUCCGCCCCUCUCGACAUCGACAUCGUCAGCUCUCGACUGAGCGACGACAUGGGUCCCAGCAGCAGACCGGGUUCUUUCCCAGCGAUAGCCGCACAUGCGCGCCGGAGAAGCACUGCCAGGCGGUUUAACCCCGAAGUGCGGUCGACAAUUAGCUCAGUCAAUUUGAACCCGCCACCUGUUCAGCAUGCUCCCCCGAGCACGACCAAUACGGGAGACGUCGAUAGCAUUGUGGAGGUUCCGCGACCCGUGGCUAGCUCUUCCGAUGUCGCCAACUCGCAGCUGAACCCGUAUGAGUCUGGGUAUCCAUAUGGUGCGAUGCAGCUGGCUGAUUAUCAGAGGUUGGUGGAGGCGACGAAGGACCAGGAGGCUCGCGCCAAUGCGAGGGCGAGGGAUAGUUACAUGUAG